AUGGAUUCAGGCAGGCUAGUCAGGAGCUCUCCAGCAGAGGGAAGGAGCCUACACCCAAGUCAGGGUGAUGGGGAUCAGUUGAGCCAGUUCUACGUUGGAAGAAGAGAAGGUGUGAACCCUGGAGCCGUGGGACUGGGGUUGGUCCCAAAGCAGGACAAUCGUAUCCACACUUCCAAGUACAACAUUCUCACAUUCUUGCCAAUUAAUUUAUUUGAGCAGUUCCAGAGAGUGGCGAAUGCCUAUUUCCUUUUUCUUCUGAUACUACAGCUGAUUCCAGAAAUCUCUUCCCUGACCUGGUUCACCACCAUUGUGCCACUGGUCUUGGUGGUCUCUAUGACAGCUGUCAAGGAUGCCACUGAUGACUAUUUUCGUCACAAGAGUGAUAAUCAAGUGAAUAACCGACAGUCUGAAGUGCUCAUUAACAGCAAACUGCAGAAUGAAAAAUGGAUGAAUGUUAAAGUGGGAGACAUCAUUAAAUUAGAAAAUAACCAGUUUGUUGCUGCCGACUUGCUUCUUCUGUCGAGCAGUGAGCCACAUGGUCUGUGUUACAUUGAAACUGCUGAGCUUGAUGGGGAAACCAACCUGAAAGUUCGUCAGGCGCUAUCAGUUACCUCAGAACUUGGAGCAGAUAUUAGCAGACUUGCAAGAUUUGAUGGGAUCGUGGUCUGCGAGGCGCCUAACAACAAAUUAGAUAAAUUCACUGGAGUCCUUUCUUGGAAGGAGAGUAAGCACACCCUCAGCAACCAGAAGAUAAUACUGAGGGGCUGUGUCCUGAGAAAUACCGGCUGGUGUUUUGGAAUGGUUCUUUUUGCAGGUCCUGACACUAAACUAAUGCAGAACAGUGGUAAGACAAAGUUUAAAAGGACAAGCAUCGACAAGUUGAUGAAUACUCUAGUCCUAUGGAUUUUUGGAUUUCUUGUAUGCUUGGGAAUUAUUCUUGCAAUAGGAAAUUCAAUCUGGGAGAAUGAAGUUGGGGGCCAGUUCAGAGCUUUCAUUUUCUGGAGUGGGGGCGAGAAGAGCUCCAUGCUGUCAGGAUUCUUAACAUUCUGGUCAUAUGUUAUUAUCCUCAACACGGUGGUACCUAUUUCAUUAUAUGUGAGUGUGGAAGUAAUCCGUCUAGGACACAGUUAUUUUAUAAACUGGGAUCGCAAGAUGUAUUACUCUGGGAAAGCAAUACCUGCUGAAGCUCGGACGACCACACUCAAUGAGGAACUGGGCCAGAUUGAGUAUGUUUUCUCUGACAAAACGGGAACUCUCACACAGAACAUCAUGACUUUUAAAAAAUGUUCCAUUAAUGGGAGAGUCUAUGGUGAAUUACAAGAUGACCUGGACCAGAAGAAAGAAAUAACUAAGAAAAGGGAGCCUGUGGAUGUCUCAGUCAAAUCCCAAACAGAAAAAAGACUUCAUUUCUUUGACCACAGUCUGAUGGAAUCUGUUGAGCUGGGGGAUCCCAAAGUGCAUGAAUUCCUUCGUUUGCUUGCCCUGUGUCACACCGUUAUGUCUGAGGAAAACAGUGCAGGACAGCUGACUUACCAGGUUCAGUCACCCGAUGAAGGAGCUCUAGUUACUGCUGCCGGAAAUUUUGGGUUUGUUUUUAAGUCUCGGACCCCAGAGACGAUAACGAUAGAAGAAUUGGGAACACUUGUUACUUACCAGUUGCUGGCCUUUUUGGACUUCAACAAUAUCAGAAAAAGGAUGUCUGUCAUAGUUCGAAACCCAGAAGGACAGAUAAAACUUUAUUCCAAAGGAGCAGAUACCAUUUUGUUUGAAAAACUUCAUCCUUCCAACAAAGACCUUCUGUCUUUGACAUCAGACCACCUCAGUGAUUUUGCAGGGGAAGGCCUUCGAACCUUGGCGAUUGCUUAUAGAGAUCUUGAUGACAAGUAUUUUAAAGUGUGGCAAAAGAUGCUUGAAGAUGCAGAUGCUGCCGUGGAUGAGAGGGAUGAGCGGAUUUCUGGAGUGUAUGAAGAAAUCGAAAGAGAUCUGAUGCUGUUAGGUGCCACUGCUGUAGAAGAUAAGUUACAGGAAGGUGUUAUUGAAACGAUUGCAAGUUUAUCUCUAGCCAAUAUUAAGAUCUGGGUUCUAACAGGAGACAAACAAGAAACUGCCAUCAACAUUGGUUAUGCCUGCAACAUGCUGACUGAUGACAUGGAUGAUGUGUUUGUGAUAACAGGGAGCACGGCAGUAGAAGUGAGGGACGAGUUCAGGAAAGCAAAGGAAAAUUUGUUUGGACAAAACAAUUUUUCCAAUGGACAUGUAGUUUAUGAAAAAAAACGGCAACUGGAGUCGGACUGUGGUGCAGAAGACACUGUAACAGGAGAAUAUGCCUUAGUCAUAAAUGGCCACAGUUUGGCCCAUGCUCUAGAAAGCGAUGUCAAGAAUGACUUCUUAGAGCUUGCCUGCAUGUGUAAGACUGUAGUUUGCUGCAGAGUCACCCCACUCCAGAAAGCCCAAGUAGUGGAGCUGGUGAAAAUGCACAGAAAUGCCGUGACUUUGGCCAUCGGUGAUGGAGCCAAUGAUGUCAGCAUGAUUAAAAGUGCUCACAUUGGUGUGGGCAUCAGUGGCCAGGAAGGACUUCAAGCAGUCUUAGUCAGUGACUACUCAUUUGCUCAGUUUAGAUAUCUCCGAAGACUUCUCCUUGUCCAUGGAAGGUGGUCCUAUUUCAGAAUGUGCAAGUUUUUAUGCUAUUUCUUCUACAAGAACUUUGCAUUUACACUUGUGCAUUUCUGGUUUGGUUUCUUCUGUGGUUUCUCAGCCCAGACUGUCUAUGACCAGUGGUUCAUCACUCUUUUUAACAUCGUUUACACAUCAUUACCUGUUUUAGCCAUGGGGAUUUUUGACCAGAUAGCCUUGGACACCAGUUACUGGACUGUCAUUAAUCAUGUCUUUAUCUGGGGCAGUGUUGCUACUUAUUUCUUCAUUUUACUUACAAUGCAUAGUAAUGGUGUCUUUGGAAUCUUCCCAAAUCAGUUUCCAUUUGUUGGAAAUGCAUGGCAUUCCCUGAGCCAGAAAUGCAUCUGGCUUGUUAUUCUCUUGACAACAGUGGCAUCAGUUAUGCCAGUGGUGGCAUUCAGAUUUCUGAAGAUGGAGCUAUACCCAAGUCUCAGUGACAAGAUCCGCCGGUGGCAGAAGGCUCAGAAAAAGGCCAAGCCCACACAUAGCCGAAGGCCUCAGACCCGCAGGUCAAGCUCCAGAAGGUCUGGAUAUGCCUUCGCUCACCAGGAGGGCUAUGGAGAGCUUAUCACAUCUGGAAAAAAUAUGCGCACUCAAAAUCUACCCCCAACAUCAGGGGUGGAAAAGAUGCUUUAUAAUAACGCUAGCUGGGUUGAAAAUUUAUGUGAGAAAACCGCAGACACAGUGAACAGUUUUAGUCAGGAGAAAACAGUGAGACUGUGAGUGGAGGUAAAUUUGAACCACUUUAUCUAGGGCUGCGAUUCAGCUGCUCAGGGGCCAGGAGCAGGGCACAUUGCCUCCUUUAACUUAAAUCUGUGGUAAACAACUGCCAGUGCCUGUUAAAUACAGGGUGCUGUCCAGGAAACCAGGCCAGAGGGGGCACUGCCCAAUUUGUGAUUUGGUGGAUCAAGGCCUCCUGGGAUGAACACAGAUUUUUAUUAACCGAGACACCAAUGGAACUGAACUUUUAAUAUUGUUUAUGGAGCAAAGCUUGUACAUCAGCUAAUAUACUGAACGGAUCCUGGGUAUAUGAAUGGGUACAUUCAAACAGUGUAUAUCUGAGUUGGAAAACACUUGCUGACAGGUAAACAGUACUCAAAGAGCAGCCUUUCCCAGAUGCAAUUUCAGAAGUGUGCUUUGGUGCCGUCAGACCCUCGGUUACUCUCUAGUCUUGAUAUCUGGCUGUCUGUUCAUCCAGGACAACAAACUUUGCAUGCCUGAAGAGGACAAAGACCUUUGGUAUUCUCUGUUUUCCUAUCAGUCUUGGAAAAAAGGAGACUGAAUGUCUUCAGAGAGAUAGGCUGCCAGUUUGGACAAAUUAUACAGGAAGCUUUCAGACUGUGUCACAAAAGGAUGAAAAGUCGGAAUGGCUCUCUAGAAAGUAUUUUGGUGUUUCAGUGACCUUUAUCACAGUCUCAGAAGUAACAGUAACGUGCUGAGCAUCAGCCACAGCAGUAAUGGAGCCAGCACCACAGAGGAAUGCUACACAUGAUGUUAGUAUUCCAUAGAGCCUGUGGGCAAAUGGCUUCCCAGUUUUAAAAACUUGAGAAUUGCAAAGAAUGAGUCAACAGGCAGUCUCUUCCAUUAUCAUUUGUUCAGGUUUAGGCCAUUUAGACUUAAUUCCUUUUAAUAUCCAGCUGUUAUGUUUACAAAUCAAAUGUAUAAGUGUAUAUAUGAAGCUGAUUUCUUAUGUAGACCUAGCAGCCAAAAUUUGGGAUCUGCAUAUGUAUGUAUACGUGAGUCACUAGUCUAUUUCCUGCAUAAGGCUUGUGUUCAACCUGCCAUCCUGCCACUUCCUCUGUAACCUGGGUAGGUUGUGCCUUUUCUGAGAUUGUGUCUUCCUCUACAGAAAGAAAGGACACCACCUACCUCAUGAGGCUGAUGACUGUCAAAGCACAGGUUAUCAAAUCAUUAGAAACCUAAUCCUCAUAUGAACGUGUGAGUCAGGCUCCAGCUGGCUCAUCAUCAGAACAAUUUGAAAAGAAUACGAAGAGCUAGAAUUUCAGUAAUAGAUGGAAAGGCCUUGAUAAACUGAUGUCGCCAAGCAAGAUAGAAACCAAAUUAAACUAUAACUUUGGGAAGAAAUUUCUCUACUGAAUUGCUGAUGAAAGAAAACUACUUUCCUCCAAGGACUCUGGUAAUCCUUAUGUGGAGCUGAUGGAGAGAGGGCCAGUGGGAUACUAAUAGGUCAGUGUUCUGCCCACGUGGUCUUAAUUUCUGAGCCUGGAGUAAUUUCUCCUGGAUGGCACCAAUGAGAUAAUACGUAUACACGAACCCAAUACUUGCCUUUACCCGCAGCAAAUGCUUAUAGGUAUUCCCUUUCUUUUGCAUGCCUACCUUGAAAAGAUUUUUCUAGUUGGUCUAGUGACCAACUUCAUUGUGCUGGCUCAUGUAUUUUUUAACAGUUUUGAAAAAUUUGGAAACUUUUAGUAAAUCUUUUGUGACUA